UCUCUCACUCAAUCAUUCACCACUCCCCUCUCACUUUGUCUUCAUAAAUUAUUAGUCACGGUUUCAUUUCUUCGCUGUUACACCUUUAUCUCUCCGCUCCGAAAUUGUCAACUCAGAUCAAAGUGUAAAAAUGUAUUUUAACAAAAUGCUACUCUUCACUGCUCUGUCAAGCGUUCUUGUACAGGAGGUCAUAUCAUUUGAGGCAAACAGAGAUCUGUAUGAAAUACUUGGCACAAAACGAGGAGCUUCUCAAAAGACAAUUAGGAGUGCCUUUAGAAAAUUAGCCCUAAAAUAUCACCCAGAUAAAAAUAAAGAUAACCCUGAGGCUGAAAAAAAAUUUGUAGAAAUUAGUAAAGCUUAUGAAAUCUUGUCAAACAACGAGAAGAAGGAACGUUACGACAAAUUCGGCGACACAGGUGAUAGCCAGGAUGACUUCUCUCAUGGAACACAUUCUUUUAAUUUUGAAGACUUGUUUGGAUCCAGCUUUGAUAAUUUCUUCUCAUCCAGUCAUCGCAGCAGUCAGAAUUCCCAGGGAAGAGGUGGAGGGGGACAGUACAUAAAAAUUAACGACGACGAUUCUUUCUUCAGAUUUGAUGAUUUUUUUGGUGAUAGUGAUGACAACGAUGAUUUUUUCAGUUUUGAUCAUUUUGAAGAUUUUUUUGAACAACCUCAUGCUAAAUAUAGUGGACAUAUGAACAGCUUUUUUAGUUCAUCGCAUUCAUCAGGUGGUCAGAAAUGUCGGACAGUUACCCAGAGAAUCGGAAAUAUGAUGACAACUCGGACAGAAUGUUCAUAACUAUAAAACACUUUUUCUAUUUGGGAUGAAGUAUACUUUUAAAUUUAUUGACAUUUGAUAUAUAUAUAUAUAACGAUUUUAUAUAUAUAAACAAACAUACAUACAUUCAACUGAAUAUUUUAUAUAUGUGUGUAUUUGUACUUUAUAUAUAUAUAUGAUAUAUAUAUAUAUAUAUAUGAAUGAUAUGAUAUAUAUCAUAUAUAUAUGAUAUAUAUCAUAUAUAUAUAUAUAUAUAUAAUAUAUAUUAUAUAUAUCAUAUAUAUAUAUAUGAUAAUAUUAUAUAUAUCAUAUGAUAUAUAUAUAUGAUAUAUAUAUAUAUGAUACAUAUGUGAUAUAUAUGUAUAUAUAUAUAAACAUUUAUGGGCACACACAUGUAUGCAUGUAUAUGAAAUAUAUGUGCAUAUAUAUAUAUGCAUAUAUAUAUGCACAUGUAUAUAUGCAUACACGCACACACAUAUAUAUUUGUAUUUUCUUUUAUUGUUUUACUGGUUUCAGUCAUUGGACUGUGACUAUGCUGAAAUAUUUUCUGAAGUGUUUAGUCAACCAUAAAGAUCCCCAGGACUUAGGUUUUGCUCUAAACUUCAACGAUUGGCAAAACUGCUGUUUUAAUUCAACACUGGUCUUGUUUCAAGCACUGGAGUUGUGUCAAGUGUAGAAAUGAAGGAGGACACACACACACAUAGAUACAUAUAUACACACGUGUGUAUGUGUAUACAUAUAUAUAUAUAUGUAUAAAUUCCUUUCAACUUAUCACUGAGUGUAUGGUUGACUGAAGAGCUACAUCUAAAUGAAACUAUUUCAGCUUUGUUGAUCUUUCUAUAUCUUUUAUAAAUUAAUGCAUUAUUAUAUAUAUAUAUAUAUAUAUAUGUGUGUAUGUGUGUAUUUAUAUACAUACAUAUAUGCACAUAUUAAAUGUGUGCAUGUGUGUAUCGAUCAGUGUGUUUUCUAAUUUUCUUUUGAGAAAUUAUUUUAUCUCAGUUUCAAAAAAAUAUGAAGUAACAUUGCAAAGUUGUUUAAUGGGUCAACUACUUUUUCAUUCACUGCUUUCUACAAUUUAUAUUAAAAUAAAUGAUGAGAUGGGAGGAGGGGACAGGGCAUAUCGUGGUGUAUAGGGACAGACAAACAGGCAUUGAUAAACAAACGAACCAAUCUUUAAACACCAUUCCCUUUUAUUGGACUAUAAACUUUAUCUGUUGUAACGUGUGUCUUUCUAUUAACCCUUUUAUUAAUCCCUACAGUUGUUUGCUGUCUUCAGGUGCCACAGUUAUAUAAUGGCAGUCAACAUAGAAGAGAGAGUGAGAGAACUCUGUGGAAACCAGUUCCUGUUGCUGGUUACUCCACUUUUGUGUUACCUCAUUUGGGAACGCCAUGAAUGCUACAACCUCACAUUUCCUUUUUAUUUAAAUCUUCAUACUUGUGUAAAUAGAUUUCACCAGUUAUUGAACUGGUCCUGUGUACAUUAUCACAAUCUGCAGAGUUUGGUACUAGACUGCACAAUGCUGUUUUUAUAAAAACAACUACCCUGGCAUAUGUAUAUAUAUAUAUAUAUAUAUAUAUAUAUAUAUUGGACAUACAUGAAUGCAUACAUUGUAUUUGUGUUGGCUGAAACUUUGUUUUGCCUCAUGGCUAAUUCAACCGAUCAAAUCCCAAUCAACACAAACUUUACAACAGGUUUGACUCUGAGUCCCCCCCCACGCCCUUCCUCCAUCAGUAAAUUAUUUCUGUUAUUCUUAAACUAACUUUAAAAUAAUAACCUCAACUUCACACACACACACAUAUAUAUAUAUUUAGAAGGUUGUUUGUUAUGGCCAGUCAAAGAGUGACCGUUAGUUUCACACCUAUAAAGGUGCUUAGCUGUAUAGGUGACUCAUCAAACUCAAAUGGCCCGCAGCAUAUAACUUCUCUACAACUGACCAUGAGAUUUUCCUCCCUCCAAUUGAAAGGGGGUUAUGUGCCUUUGGCCAUUUAAGUGUGAACAAGUUGCCUAUACAGCUAAGCACCUUACAGGUGUGAAACCAGUGGUCACUCUCUGACCAGCCAUAACAAACAACCUUCAAACUAUUACUACUCUAAUGUUUUAGAGUGUACUUCUUUUUUGGAUAUAUGUACUGACACACACAUACGUGUAUAAUAUAUAUAUAUAUAUAUAUAUAUAUAUAUACAUACAUAUAUAUAUAUAUAUAUACAUACACACACAUGUAUACACACAUAUGUGUAAACUUGUGAUGCUUGAAGAUUAUUGAAAAACACAAUUAGCAAAAUACUGUGGAGCUAAAUGAGGUAAUAUUGGUGUGAUGAAGUUUUGUAUUAAACUAGAACCACUAAUUAAUCUCUGGCAUAGACCAUGUGCGAUGAUACCACAGUUUAUUAGUAUUGUUUCAAGGAUAGAACUGCUGUGUGUUACCUGUAUUUUUGGCCAUCGAAUUAGUGAAAUUGAGAUUAAAAGAGACUGUGUGAUGUUGGGGGUUUGUUACUGAAUAUUCUAAGAUUACUAACCAAUUCCUUUGCCUCACCUUGGAAAUCUAAACAUACAAUAAUUGAUUCAUAAAUUCUUCAGUUCAGUUCUAGAUUUUUUAUUAUGGUAUCACAAAUUUGAUUUUUUUUUAUCUUUUUUUUUUUAAACUAUCAAAUGUCUUUUUAAUUUUUUUUUUUUUUUUUUUUUUUUUUGUCAUGAGAUUUUUACAAAGUUAAUUACAUGCUUUAACUCUGUGUAAGAAAUUAACUAGAAAAAUAUUUGAUUUUUUUCCCCCUUAUUAUAAUACACAAGCUUUAAAUUAUAUUUAAAAGAACCUUCACCCAACAAAAACCAACCAGGUACUUUAGUAUCUUGUUGUCUCUCCUGAUGUUAAUAUUAAACAAAUGAAAACUGAAUUGAGCAGAACCAUUGCUGAUCAAUUGAUUUGUAUACUGUGAUAAAAGAAUGUAUAUUUGUAAAUAAAUUUUUCCAAAAUCUU